AUGGGGUCCCUGAAGGAUUCUGUCAAGCAGUUAGAGAAGGAGAAGGAGGUGCUCAUUGCCAAAUUGGAUGACCUAGAGAAUAGGGGAAGGAGAAAGAACAUUGUUCUGUUUGGGAUUCCUGAACAUCCAAACCAAGAUCAUGAAGAUUGUUUGAAAACUGUCACCGAUUUCUUACAACAUGCCGAUGUCUCGGAGGAUGAUUGUUCGCAGAUAGAAAGGUGUCACCAAAAUUGUAAUCUAGAAGCGGUACCCAAUUCAAAUCAGACAAUGAAUGUUACCAUCGAACACCAUGCCACUGCCGUUGUAGCUUGUGACUCGGGCUACACUUCUGACUCGGGCAUUACUACAGAACUCACUUGUGAUAAUGGGACCAUCUCCCCUUCACCUCCAACAUGUUCUGCUAUCUGUACCGUGGACAGCGAUUGCUUGAAUGGAGGAACAUGUAACACCAGUGCAUCAACCUGCAACUGUACAUCAGAUUUUACAGGCUUAAAUUGCGAGACCGAAAAUUGUAAUCUAGAAGCGGUACCCAAUUCAAAUCAGACAAUGAAUGUUACCGUCGAACACGAUGCCACUGCCGUUGUAGCUUGUGACUCGGGCUACACUUCUGACUCGGGCAUUACUACAGAACUCACUUGUGAUAAUGGGACCAUCUCCCCUUCACCUCCAACAUGUUCUGCUAUCUGUACUACGGACAUCGAUUGCUUGAAUGGAGGUACCUGUAAUACCAAUACAUCAACUUGCAACUGUACAUCAGACUUCACAGGCUUAAACUGCGAAACCAAAAACUGUCAGAAAACUGUCAGGUAG